CCUGUCGCAUUGAAAUUAAUUUCAAAACUAAUUUCCGAUGGAUUCAUACCAAAUCGUUUUUGCUCUGAUCCCGAUCACACUUCUCGGAUCUGUGUUGAAUUGGAGCAUAUUCUACAGCAUUCACAAGCUUCAGUCUCUCAACAACUCAUUUGGAUACUUGUCGGCAAACCAAGCGUUCUCCGAUGCUCUUCACUCAACCACGUUCCUCCUGUAUUUUUGUCCAAUGGUGUUACUUGACCACCCAUUCCUGAAAGCUUACUCCCAUCACUGUGGUUUCGUUAUUCUUUUCUGCUACGAACUCUCCGUUUUCACCCAUUUCGCCAUUUCAAUCAAUCGAUUUUUUGCCGUUUGGAUGCCUCUCAAAUACGAGUCCAUGUUCAACAUCAAACGUACCAGAUGGAUGAUAGUUUUCAUGUGGAUUUUUAUUGGAUCCAUUGCAGUUCUCUUCUACCAAAAGUUCUGCUAUCUCUACUACGACGAGGCAACUCAUUUCUUCACGUUUACCAAUACAGAGUUUUGCGGAAUGAUUGGGUGGUAUGGGGAUUUUUUGAAGAAUGCUGUAAUUGUUGCGGUGGUAGUUUCCUUGGACAUUCUUACUGUUAUAAAAGUGCGAUUUUCCCGAAAAAAGAUCCAAGCUAGAGUAAACCAGGAAAACCAAAACAAGCUUUCUCAAAGGGACAUUCGUUUUCUCAAACAGGCAGUCUUCCAAGCAUCCGUAUUCAUGUUGGAGCUUUUGACAUACUUCUUCUUUCCUCUCUACUUCCAAAACCGCUGGGUCGUUUUCUUCGGAACUUCAUUCGCCUGGGUCGCUGUCCACGCGGCUGAUGGAAUGGUUGUUAUCGUCUGUAAUCCAGAAGUCCGAAAAUUCCUGAUGAACAAGAAAACAAAUUCAAUGAAUUCAACGGCAAGCAGAACAACCAAUUUGAACGACGUCUAAUUGAAUCUUGAUAUAAUACAAUUAUUUAUUUUGAUAUCCUUCUCUUAAAAUUGUAUUCGUUCAUUUUUGUAUUUUAACAGACUAAA